GCUCCCUUCCUGCCUGCUUGCCUGCUUGCCCAGCAUGGCCGGAGGAGAGGCCACCGGGGCCGGAGGAGGGGGCUGAGACCCCCAACAGAUCCCGGCAUGGCCCGCUGGAUCCCCACCAAGCGGGAGAAGUACGGCGUCGCCAUCUACAACUAUGACGCUGCCCAAGAUGUGGAGCUUUCUCUGCAGGUUGGCGACACAGUUCACAUUCUGGAGAUGUAUGAAGAUUGGUACAGAGGAUAUACGCUCCGGAACAAAUCCAAAAAGGGCAUCUUCCCAUCAACAUACAUCCAUUUGAAAGAGGCAACCGUGCAAGAUGGCGGGCAACACGAAACAGUCAUUCCAAAUGAGCUCCCUUUGGUGCAGGAACUCACCUCUACGCUAUGGGAAUGGGCAGUUAUUUGGCACAGGCUCUAUGUGGAGAACAAGAAGACACUCUUCCGCCAUGUGCAGCAGAUGACCUAUGGCCUGAUUGAAUGGCGGUCCCAGAUCCUCUCCGGAACGCUUCCCAAAGAUGAACUGGCUGAGCUCAAGAAGAAAGUCACAGCCAAAAUCGACUAUGGCAACAGGAUAUUGGGGUUGGAUUUGGUAGUGAGAGAUGAUAACGGGAACAUUCUGGAUCCGGAUGCCACCAGCACGAUAGCGCUCUUUAGGGCACACGAGACAGCCUCCAAAAGAAUCGAGGAAAGGAUCCAAGAAGAAAAGUCUCUUCAGCAGAACGUAGACCUGCGGGGACAGUCUAUCUUCAACACUACUCACACGUACAGCCUGUAUGUCAACUUCAAGAAUUUCGUCUGCAAUAUCGGUGAGGAUGCGGAGCUGCUUAUGAGCCUCUAUGAUCCUGACCAAUCCAAGUUCAUUAGUGAAAACUACCUGAUUCGUUGGGGAAGUAAUGGAAUGCCAAAGGAAAUUGAAAAACUCAACAACCUUCAAGCUGUCUUUACGGACCUUAGCAGUUCUGACCUGAUCCGACCUCGAAUUAGCCUGGUGUGUCAGAUUGUGAGAGUGGGUCACAUGGAGCUGAAAGAGGGCAAGAAGCACACCUUUGGCCUCCGGAGACCCUUCGGAGUAGCAGUGAUGGACAUCACAGAUAUCAUUCAUGGGAAGGUGGAUGAUGAAGAUAAACAACAUUUUAUUCCCUUUCAGCAGAUUGCCAUGGAGACAUACAUCAGGCAGCGGCAAUUAAUCAUGGCGCCUUUAAUAACUUCCCACGUGAUUGGAGAGAAUGAACCUCUCACGUCUGUCUUCAACAAAGUCAUCGCUGCCAAGGAAGUGAAUCACAAAGGGCAAGGCCUUUGGGUUUCUUUGAAGCUUCUACCUGGGGAUUUAGCCCAGGUUCAGAAGGACUUUUCUCAUCUUGUUGACAGAUCAACAGCAGUGGCACGAAAAAUGGGAUUCCCAGAGAUUAUUCUGCCCGGUGAGGUUCGAAAUGAUAUUUACAUCACUUUGAUGAACGGAGAGUUUGACAAAGGGAAAAAGAAGACACCCAAGAAUGUAGAGGUCACCAUGUCUGUUCAUGAUGAAGAUGGCAAUCUCUUAGAGAAAGCUAUCCAUCCAGGUGCUGGUUAUGAAGGUAUCUCAGAAUACAAGUCAGUUGUCUACUAUCAAGUCAAGCAGCCUUGUUGGUACGAAACUGUAAAGGUGUCCAUUGAAAUAAAAGAAGUUGGACACUACCACUUAAGAUUUACUUUCCGCCAUCGAUCGUCACAGGAAUCAAGAGAUAAAUCUGAAAAGGCUUUUGGAAUGUCAUUUGUGAAGCUGAUGAAUGCAGAUGGCACCACUCUGCGGGACGGCAAGCAUCAUUUAAUAGUCUACAAGGGUGAGAACAAGAAAAUGGAAGAUGCCAAGUUUUAUUUGACACUUCCUAGCACCAAAGUGGAAAUGGAGGACAGGGAUGGUCUGCUCGCCAAACAUCCAGCGACUAACAUUACUGCAUCCAAAGAAAGUACUAAGGAUAGUUUCCAGAUUGCAACCCUCAUCUGUUCUACAAAGCUGACACAAAAUGUUGACCUGCUGGGUUUGCUGAACUGGCGCUCAAAUUCCCAGAACAUUGGCCACAAUCUGAAGAAGCUCAUGGAGGUAGAAGGAGGAGAAAUUGUCAAGUUCUUGCAAGAUACACUGGAUGCACUUUUCAGCAUAAUGAUGGAAAUGUCUGACAACGAAUCCUAUGAUUUCCUUGUCUUUGAUGCACUGGUAUUUAUUAUUUCCCUGAUUGGAGAUAUCAAGUUUCAGCAUUUCAAUCCUGUACUGGAAACGUAUAUUUACAAGCACUUUAGUGCCACAUUGGCUUAUUUAAAACUCACCAAGGUUCUGAACUAUUAUGUUGGAAAUGCGGAUGAUUCCAGCAAGACAGAAUUACUCUUUGCUGCUCUAAAAGCAUUGAAAUAUCUCUUCCGGUUCAUCGUUCAAUCAAGGGUGCUUUAUCUGGGAUUUUACGGUAAAAGUGAAGAUGGCGAUGAGUUUAACAAUGCCAUCCGCAAGCUUUUCCUCUCCUUUAACGUCCUCAUGGACCGGCCACUGGAGGAGGCUGUUAAGAUCAAGGGUGCUGCUUUGAAAUAUUUGCCAAGCAUAAUCAAUGAUGUCAAACUGGUUUUUGAUCCUGUGGAGCUCAGUGUCCUGUUCAGCAAAUUCAUCCAAAGCAUCCCUGAUAACCAACUCGUCCGUCAGAAACUCAACUGCAUGACCAAGGUUGUGGACAGCGAUCUGUUCCAUCAAGCUGAGUGCCGUGAUGUUCUGUUACCGCUCUUUGUAGACCAGUUAAGUGGGCAGCUGGAUGAUAAUUUCAACAAGCCUGACCAUGAAGCCUGUUCACAGCUGCUUAGCAAUAUCCUGGAGGUUUUGGAUCGUAAGGAAGUGGGCCCUACCGCCGCUCACAUCCAGCUCAUCAUGGACCGCCUGCUGAGAAGAAUAAACCGGACAGUGAUUGGAAUGAGCAGACAGUCCCCACAUAUCGGUAGUUUUGUUGCCUGCAUGAUGGCCAUCUUGAAACAAAUGGACGAUGCUCAUUACAACCACUACAUCAGCACUUUCAAAACAAGACAAGAUCUUAUCGAUUUCCUGAUGGAAACCUUCAUUAUGUUCAAAGACCUGAUUGGGAAGAAUGUCUAUGCAAGUGAUUGGAUGGUCAUGAACAUGAUGCAGAGCAGGAUUUUCCUUCGUGCCAUCAACCAAUACACUUCUGUGCUCAACCGGUACUUUUUGGACCAGGCAAGCUUUGAACUGCAGCUCUGGAACAACUACUUCCACUUGGCAGUCGCCUUUCUCACGCAUGGCUCCCUCCAGUUGGAGACCUUCUCCCAGGCAAAACGGAACAAGAUAGUCAAGAAAUAUGGGGACAUGAGGAAGGACAUUGGCUUCAAGAUCAGGGACAUGUGGUACAACCUUGGGCCUCACAAGAUCAAGUUCAUCCCUUCCAUGGUAGGACCGAUCCUGGAGGUGACCUUGACGCCAGAGCCUGAAUUGCGCAAGGCAACCAUCCCUAUCUUUUUUGACAUGAUGCAGUGUGAAUUCACCUUCAGUGGCAACAGGAAUUUCCACAUGUUUGAAGAUGAGCUAAUAACUAAGCUGGAUCAAGAAGUUGAAGGUGGCCGAGGGGAUGAACAAUACAAGAUUUUGCUGGAGAAACUGUAAAAUUUUUAUAAAGAAAAGAAGAGAGAGGACAUAUACAUUAGGUAUUUGUAUAAACUCCGGGACCUGCAUACAGCCUCUGAAAAUUUUACCGAGGCAGCAUACACACUUCUUCUUCAUGCAGAAUUACUCCAGUGGUCUGAUAAGGCGUGCGCUCCACAUCUGCUCCAGAGGGACAGCUACUAUGUCUACUCACAGCUGGAGCUCAAGGAGAAGCUCUAUGAAGAAAUCAUUGCGUUCUUCAACAAAGGCAAGAUGUGGGAGAAAGCCAUCCAACUGAGCAAGGAACUAGCCGAGAUGUAUGAGAACAAAGUUUUUGAUUAUGAGAGGCUUGGCAAUCUCUUGAAAAAGCGAGCCACAUUCUAUGAGAACAUCAUGAAGGCCAUGCGACCUCAACCAGAGUAUUUUGCCGUUGGGUAUUUUGGACAAGGAUUCCCCUCUUUCCUCCGUAACAAGAUCUUCAUCUACCGUGGGAAGGAAUAUGAAAGGAGGGAAGAUUUCAAUCUGAAGCUACUAACCCAGUUCCCAAAUGCCGAGAAGCUGAGCAGUACCGCUCCACCAACAGAAGAAAUCAAAGCCUCACUUAAGCAGUACGUACAGUGCUUCAUCGUUAAACCUGUAAUGACCCUCCCACCAAACCUCAAGGACAAGCCUGUUCCAGAGCAGAUUCUCAACUUCUAUAGGGCCAAUGAAGUGCAACAAUUCCAAUAUUCCCGCCCCUUCAGGAAAGGAGAAAAAGAUCCAGAGAAUGAAUUUGCAACAAUGUGGAUCGAGAGGACCACGUACACAACUGCCUAUUCAUUCCCAGGAAUUCUCAAAUGGUUUGAGGUGAAACAAGUUUCAGUGGAGGAAAUCAGCCCUUUGGAGAAUGCCAUCGAAACCAUGGAGUUGACCAACGAGAAGAUCAGCAACUGUGUGCAGCAGCACGCCUGGGAUCGGAGCCUGCCCGUGCACCCGCUUUCCAUGCUGUUGAAUGGCAUUGUAGAUCCAGCUGUUAUGGGAGGAUACAACAACUAUGAGAAGGCCUUUUUCACAGAUAAAUAUAUUCAAGAACACCCCGAAGAUCAAGAAAAGAUCGAACAGCUCAAGCAACUCAUUGCUCUACAGAUGCCUUUGUUGGCUGAAGGGAUCCGGAUUCAUGGGAAGAGAUUGACAGAACAACUGAAGCCUCUUCACGACCGCCUGACCUCUUGUUUCAAGGAGCUGAGGGAAAAAGUGGAGAAGCUCUACGGCGUGGUAACCCUACCGUCUUCACUGAUCGAGAGAAAACAGAGCAGGUCUGGGCUGGUGGUUUUGCCGUACAUCAUGUCCUCCACUUUGAGGAGACUCUCCGUUGCCUCGGUGACUUCCUCUGUUGGAUCCACAUCGUCUACCUCUUCAGACAGUACUUCCUCCAGACCAGGGUCAGAUGGGUCCAUCCUUGAACCCCUUGUGGAAAGGAGGAGUUCAGCAUCCUCCAGGAUGGAUGAUCUCUUUACCAAAGAGGAUGGUGAAAACCAGACGAGUAAAUUCAGGCGGAAGAACUGGAGCCUCAGCAAAUCUCAGGUUAUGGCGGAGAAGGAGUCCGAAACAGAAUUGACGUCCAAAAUGAACACAUCAGGAAAGACACUGAGGCCAAAGAGUCUCCAGCUGGGAGAGAGCAGGCUGACGCUUCUUCAGGGCUCUUUGCUCCAACAAACCAUCCCUCUCAGCCCACCGCCCAUCACUCCCAAAACGCCAAGAACCCAAAGUUUCCCUUCUUUGCAAACAGAAGGAUUAGCCACCAUUCUUUCGCAGAGCACUCCGCCCCCACCUCCGCCCAAAUCCAAACCCUACGAGAAUAGCAACUCUAGGAACUCUGCAGAGGUUGCUCCACCUUUGCCCACCAGGCGGGAAGUCAAGCCUCCUCCUCCUCCUCCCAAAGCAAGGAAGUCCAGUGUCGUUUCUUCAGAUUCGGGGUUGCAAUGACAACUUCACAAUGACCAGCUCCUCCCCUUGGACCUCUUCUGUUGUCCUGCUUCCCACGGAUAUCUUCCUCCCUGGAUUUCCUUAUUAUUUCCUGCUGCUGCACAGACGAACAGUUUCCUCCAGAUGUUCUCUUGGGCCGAGACCAAAACAAGCCAUCUAAACUAUUAGCGGUGCUUCUGAACUUAAGUUUCCUGGUUGCAAGCCAAGAUAACAGGUCCUUCUGGCCUUCUCCCAGAACUAUCAAUCUGCAUGGUCAUCUGUCUGGAAUAAUACCAAGAGUUUCUCGUUCGACGCCCAUUGGAACAACAUCACUCAAGUUUUUCUCCUUAGAGAAGUCUCUCAAUAGUUAAAAUUGGCCUUGCCCUUUAAACAGUGGUCUGCACCACGCUGUGAAAGGUGGCCAUGAAUUAAUAUGAAUGGUUCAUUUCUUCCCAACUGCGGAAAAGAAAAAAAGAGUAUGGAAAAAAGACAACACACAAAUCCACAACACAUAGAUUCUUAGAGUUGGAAGGGUUGGUAGAGCCAUCCAGUCCAACUCCCUGCCAAGAAGCAGGAAAAACACAUUCAAAGCACCCCUGAUAGAUGGCCAUCCAGCCUCUGCUUAAAAGCCUCCAAAGAAGGAGCCUCCACCACACUCGGGGGCAGAGAGUUCCACUGAACAGCUCUCACAGUCAGGAAGUGGUAGAGCCAUCCAGUCCAACUCCCUACCAAGAAGCAGUAAAAUCACAUUCAAAGCACCCCUGACAGAGGGCCAUCCAUCCUCUUCUUAAAAGCCUCCAAAGAAGGAGCCUCCACCACACUCCGAGGCAGAGAGUUCCACUGCUGAACAGCUCUCACAGUCAGGAAGUAGUAGAGCCAUCCAGUCCAACUCCCUGCGAAGAAGCAGGGAAGUCACAUUCAAAGCACCCCUGACAGAUGGCUAUCCAGUCUUUGCUUAAAAACCUCCAAAGAAGGAGCCUCCACCACACUCCAGGGCAGAGAGUUCCACUGCUGAACAGCUCUCACAGCUAGGAAGUGGUGGAGCCAUCCAGUCCAACUCCCUACCAAGAAUAGGGAAGUCACAUUCAAAGCACCCCUGACAGAUGGCCAUCCAGCCUCUGCUUAAAAGCCUCCAAAGAAGGAGCCUCCACCACACUCGGGGGCAGAGAGUUCCACUGCUGAACAGCUCUCACAGUCAGGAAGUGGUAGAGCCAUCCAGUCCAACUCCCUACCAAGAAGCAGUAAAAUCACAUUCAAAGCACCCCUGACAGAUGACCAUCCGGCCUCUGCUUAAAAGCCUCCAAAGAAGGAGCCUCCACCACACUCGGGGGCAGAGAGUUCCACUGCUGAACAGCUCUCACAGUCAGGAAGUGGUAGAGCCAUCCAGUCCAACUCCCUACCAAGAAGCAGUAAAAUCACAUUCAAAGCACCCCUGACAGAUGGCCGUCCAGCCUCUGCUUAAAAGCCUCCAAAGAAGGAGCCUCCACCACACUCUGAGGCAGAGAGUUCCACUGCUGAACAGCUCUCACAGUCAGGAAGUGCUGGAGCCAUCCAGUCCAACUCCCUACCAAGAAGCAGUAAAAUCACAUUCAAAGCACCCCUGACAGAUGGCCGUCCAGCCUCUGCUUAAAAGCCUCCAAAGAAGGAGCCUCCACCAUGCGCCGGGGUAGAGAGUUCCACUAUUGAACAGCUCUCACAGUCAGGAAGUGGUAGAGCCAUCCAGUCCAACUUCCUAUUCACAUUCAAAGCACUCCCGACAGAUGGCCAUCUAGCCUUUGCUUAAAAGCCUCCAAAGAAGGAGCCCUCCACCACACUCUGAGGCAGAGCGUUCCACUGCUGAACAGCUCUCACAGUCAGGAAGUGGUGAAGCCAUCCAGUCCAACUUCCUACCAAGAAGCAGGGAAAUCACAUUCAAAGCACCCCUGACAGAUGGCCAUCCAGCCUUUGGUUAAAAGCCUCCAAAGAAGAAGCCUAUACAACACUCUGGUGCAGAGAGUUCCACUGCUGAACAGCUCUCACAGUCAGGAAGAGGUAGAACCAUCCAGUCCAACUCCCUAUCAAAAAGCAGGGAAAUCACAUUCAAAGCACCCCUGACAGAUGGCCGUCCAGCCUCUGCUUAAAAGCCUCCAAAGAAGGAGCCUCCACCACACUCUGAGGCACAGAGUUCCACUGCUGAACAGCUCUCACAGUCACUUUGACAAUUCCUAUCACUUCUGGACUUAAAAUGAAAUCGCCCUCCAUCUGCACCAGCCAAAUUCAGUCCUACCACUGCUUCCACUAGAAGAGGACCAUGUUAUACCCACCUGAAGGAUGAUGUGGUCCAUUAUCUCAGACCAAAGAAAUUGAGUUCCGGUUUAGCCUAGGGAUUCAAAUCUAGGCUUAUGUAGACUUAGAGACUUGGAGCCUUCAUCCUGGAUAAACAAGUCCCUCUGUCUGUUUUGAUUUCUCCCAUUUCUUAAAAAAAAUAAUAAUCACAAGUUAUUUCUCUCCUGAUUAUUUUUUUUUUAAUUGAAAGAAUGACUUUACUUUCCUUGUUUUUGGAGAUUUUGGACCUUGAACUGGUAAAUUCUUGGUGGAUGAACUACCAUGGACUGCACGUUUUAGGUACGGAAGGGUUGCCUUAUUAUGCGGAGUCAAAGCCGAAAUAUAUAAUUUUUAUAUAAUAAUAACACUUUAUUUAUAUUCCGCCCUAUCUCCCCAAGCAAACUUUCAGUGCCAUUUUGGAUAGACAGGACAGAGACAGACAGACAGAAAGAACAGAACGGAAAGGAGGGACGUUGCGUCUACGUCCAGCUUUUUGGCACCUUUGGAGGUUGUGCUCGAAUCCAGCCACAGGAGGGUGCUGUUGCUCCAUCCUCUAUGACAAAAAGCCAUCAAGAUUUCCUCCUUCCUUUUUUGUCGCUGGGCAUUUUCUGAUCUUUUUUCUUGAUGGUGUUGUAAAAUACCUCCCCUGCUUAUUUUAACGGUACCUUACAACUCAAGCUGUUUUUUGAACUGCUUAGGUCAACAGUAAGCUGGGCUGACAGUCGGGAGCUCAUGCCAACCUGGAGCUUCGUACUGACAACCUUCCAGUUAGUAUAUCUUAUCAUUGCUGGAGAUUUACCAGCCCAUCUUUCAGUCUUUGUCUGCCUAACUUCUCCAGAUCUUAAAAAUGUUGCUUUUUGGAGUAUAGCUUGAAAAGUUGUAGAGAUUUCUGGCAGUUGUUGUCCAAAAGAAGUAUUUAUUUCAAGCUCUGCUUUUGUUUGCAGCCAUAACUACUGAUCACAGCAAAUCUUCAUCAGAAGGUUUGGAUUCAGGUAUUACUCCUGGACAGGCCUUGACAAGUCCAAGCAACUUUGCUAGUGAGAAACCUAUUGCUUCGCUUUGCCAAGAAAUUGAUUGUUUCCUCAGAAGAUGUCUGAUACCUGUUGAUGGAGAAAAGGACAAUAUCUUCAGAGUUGAAU